AUGGCCCCUCCUCCAUUCCGUCCUGAAAAUGCCGUUAAAAGAGCGGAUGAACUUAUUUCUGUUGGCGAAAAACAAGCUGCUUUACAAUCUUUACACGAUUUCAUAACUGCCAGAAGAAUUCGUUGGGCCACACCUUCUACUGUCGAACCAGUUGUUUUCAAGUUCUUGGAAAUUGGGGUUGAAUUAAAGAAAGGUAAGCUACUUAAAGAUGGUUUGCACCAAUACAAAAAAUUAAUCCAAGGUUCUACUGAAGGUUUGGUUUCCGUCGGUGCGGUUGCCCGUAAAUUUAUUGAUUUAGUUGAAUCUAAGAUUGCAACCGAACAAACCAGAGCUGAUGAACUCCAAAAGCAAGAAAUUGAUGACGAUUUGGAAGGUGGUGUAACUCCGGAGAAUUUGUUGAUUUCUGUUUACGAACCAGAUCAAUCCGUCGCCGGUUUCAAUGAUGAAGCCAUUACUUCAUGGCUGAGAUUCACUUGGGAAUCAUAUCGUGCUGUCUUAGAUCUAUUGAGAAAUAACGCUUUGUUAGAAAUUACCUAUUCUGGUGUCGUCAAGAAGACUAUGCAUUUUUGCUUGAAGUACCAACGUAAAAAUGAGUUUAAAAGAUUAGCUGAAAUGCUACGUCAACAUUUAGAUGCCGCUAACUAUCAACAAAGUAAAUCAGGUAACAAUUUAGUUGACUUGAGCGAUGCUGAUACCUUACAACGUUAUUUGGACCAACGUUUCCAGCAGGUCGACGUGUCUGUUAAAUUGGAAUUGUGGCACGAGGCUUAUAGAUCUAUUGAAGAUGUUUUUCACUUAAUGAAGACAUCUAAACGUGCACCUAAACCUUCAACUUUGGCUAACUACUACGAAAAUCUCGUCAAGGUCUUCUUCGUUUCCGGUGAUCCAUUAUUACAUACCACUGCUUGGAAGAAAUUUUACGAAUUAUAUUCCACCAAUCCAAGAGCUACAGAAAAAGAAUUCAAGGCGUAUUCCUCUACAAUUUUCUUAUCCGCCAUCUCUACCCAAUUAGAUGAAAUCCCAUCUAUUGGCUACGAUCCUCAUUUACGUAUGUACCGUUUACUAAACCUAGAAACCAAACCAACUAGAAAGGAAAUGUUGCAAUCCAUCAUUGAAGAUGAAUCCAUUUACGGUAAAGUUGACGAGGAGUUAAAGCAAUUAUACGACAUAAUUGAAGUCAACUUCGACGUCGACACAAUCAAACAGGAUUUAGAAAGCCUGUUAGCCAAAUUAACCUCCAAGUCUUACUUUAGUCAAUACAUCGCACCAUUGAGAGAUGUCAUUAUGAGAAGAGUCUUUGUUGCUGCUUCCCAAAAGUUCACUACCGUUGCUCAAUCUGAAUUAUAUGAAUUUGCAACCUUACCUGUUCCACUAGAAUUAUCCGCCUGGGACAUCGAAAAGGCCCUAUUACAGACCGCUGUUGAAGAUUAUGUCUCUAUUUCUAUUGAUCACGAAUCUGCUAGGGUUACAUUUGCCAAAGAUCCAUUUGACAUUUUCGUAGCAACUGCUUCUAAAGAAAUUUCUGAAGAAGGAAACAUGGAAUUUGACGACCAAGAAGAGAAGGAGGAAACUGAAGAAGCUCUUGAGUCAGAAGAAGCUGACGAUGAAGAAAAGGAAGAAGAAUCGGAUCCUGUUAUUAUCCGUAAUUCUUAUAUCCAUAACAAGUUACUUGAAUUAUCCAACGUCUUACACGAUGUUGAUAGCUUCAACAAUGCUUCGUACAUGGAAAGGGUCAAAAUUGCUCGUGAUACUUUAAUCAAAAAGAAUAAGGAUGACCUUGAAAAAAUUUCUAAGAUUGUUGACGAACGUGUUAAGAGAUCCCAAGAGCAAAAGCAAAAACACAUGGAACAUGCUGCUUUACAUGCAGAACAAGAUGCAGAAGUCAGACAACAACGUAUUUUGGAAGAGAAAGCUGCUAUUGAAGCCAAAAUGGAAGAAGAAACUCACCGCCGUCUAAUUGAAAAGAAAAAACGUGAAUUUGAAGCUAUCAAGGAAAGAGAAAUUACUAAAAUGAUUACUGAGGUUAACGCUAAGGGUCAUGUCUACAUCGAUCCCAACGAAGCUAAAAGCUUGGAUCUUGACACCAUUAAACAAGUUAUCAUAGCCGAAGUGUCUAAGAACAAGAGUGAAUUAGAAAACCGGAUGGAGUAUUCUAUGAAGAGGUUGGACCAUACCGAAAGAGCUUUGAGAAUGGUUGAAUUGCCAUUGUUGCAAAAAGAAGUUGACGAGCUACAAGAAACAGAUAAUGCAAGCUAUGAGGCUAUGAAGAAGAAGAUUGUUGACGUCGCUAAAGCUGAAUAUGAAGCGAGAAUGGCCGAUCAUAAGAACUUGACCAUGGUUUAUGAUGAUUACUUAAAAUUCAAAGAGCGCGUAUCAGGCACUAAGGAAAGUGAACUAGCCGCAAUCCGUAACCAAAAGAAGGCUGAAUUGGAAGCUGCCAAGAAAGCCAGAAUUGAAGAGGUUCGUAAACAUCGUUACGAAGAAGCCGUUGCAAGGUAUAGAGAAGAAAUUGCUAAUGCUGAGAGACAGAAGCGCUCUGAAGAACUCGCAGAGGCCGCUCGUAAACAAAGGGAAAUCGAAGAAGCUGCUGAAAAGAAACCAGCUCCAUACUCUUUCCGCGCAGGGAACAGGGAACCUCCAAGCACACCAAACAUUUUACCAAAGGCUACCGUUUCCCCAGAUAGGGCUAAGUUAGAUAUGAUUGCUCAAAAGCAAAGAGAAAUGGAGGAAGCCAUUGAGCUAAAGUUGGCAGGUAAAACCGCAGGUGGGUCCACUCCAGUUACUCCGGCUACCCCAGCUACACCAACACCAUCCUCUGGUCCAAAGAAAAUGACCAUGGCUGAAAAAUUGAGAGCGAAGAGAUUAGCCAAAGAAGGCAGGUAA